AAAGAAGAACAAUCAACCUGCCUUUGAUCUAUAUAAUAUCUGAUUGGCAUAUAAACGUUAAUUAUACUCUGACGAAACAAUAACGCGCUCAUUUACUCACUCAUAGUUGUGUAAUUUGUGUGUGAUAUUUUUUUUCAGAUCAAAAGGAAUAAAUAUGAGCUCGAUAAAUUAAGAAAUGUAAUGUAUUCUUCUCAAAAGUCAUGGAAUACUAUGCUGUGACCUUAGUAACAGUUGCCAUGGUAGUCAUGGUAACUAUGGACAGUGCUAGGGGUCAACCUAGCGACUUUUCAGACCCAAUUAGUUGUUACUAUUGUUUUGCACCGGCAGAAAACAGCUCAUGCGCCGAUCCUGUGAAUCCUCAAGAGGAAAAAGGACAUAACCUUACUGUUAUACACUGUGCUAAUGGAAUUUGUUUAAAAUGGACGCAUUAUUAUGGUGGUGUUCUGUACAUGCAUAGAACUUGCUCAAGUAAAUUGGAUGCAUUCAGGAUAAUGAAAAUUGACGGUAUCUGUCGGUCGGAGCGUGAUGGUAGAGGCUACUUGUGUAUGUGUGGAAGACAUUUGUGUAAUUCAGCUAUUAGUGGACGGAUGACUGAAACACUGGUUCCCUCGCUAUUAGCAUUUGUGCUGCUGUUAGGUUUAUGAAACGAGCGUGUUAGCAAUUGUUUCCGUACUUUGUUAUAUGAAUUGUGUAUGUUAGUAAUUGUUAUGAUAUUUAGUUUUAUGUGUGAUAAAUACCUGGGCAAAAAAUUAGUAUUACUAUCCUAACAAUUCAUUAUUGUUACUUCGGCGGGAAUACAUGUACAUUGUUGUGUAUUGUUGUUUUACAUUAAUUAAAGCAUAACAUGUAUUUUGAAUUUAUGUUAUGAUAAAUUGAGAAAACCCGUGAAUUAUUACAUAAAGAUUUAAAUGCAUACAGACACACGCAAAACAAAUAAUAAAAAAAAACAAUAGCAAGCUAAAAAUGAAAACAACUGACUUUUGGCAUUGGCUAAUUCAGAUGAUUUAUUCUCCUUGAACUGAUCACCUGCUAAAGCUGAGAAAAGGCCAGUCCAAACUCUAGGGUCUUUCAAUACGAAAACAAACAGUAUACAGACAGUAGAGAGCUUUGUCAGACUGCAUAAAUGUGUGUGUGCAGAUUGAGUGGCUCUACACUGGUGGGAAAAUGCAAAUCACUCGGUUCCAGGAGCGCAAGAUAAGGGUUUAGUAUCAGCCAAAUAGACUAUACGUACAUAAAUUUAUUUCUAACUGACGUAUACUAUCCGUUUACAGCCUUAAACGAGAUCAAUAUUAUUGCAUCACAUGUUGAUCAGUUUACCAUUUUUAUUAUCUAACAAUAUAAAUUUUGUUCAUAUAUUAGGUCAAUUAAUGCGUUUGAAUGCACAACGCCUUUGUUUGAAAUGUCAAUUGUCUUUAAAUGUUCAAAGUUACUUUAUUACAUUUUACGCAAUUGUUAUUAUCAGAUAAGUAAAGAACAUGACGUUUUCCUAAGGUUAUUUAAUAUCUGAUAAUACAUUAAAGUUGACCUUAGCGUGAUGCAAUUUUUGCAUAAUUAUGUCUUUACUGUUCUAUACAUUAUUAUUAAAUAUCAUCAAUAUAGCUUUUUAGGUGAUAAAUCUUGAAUAUAUAACAUUAUAGAAAUACGAAUAAGUAUUAAAGUACACACGACAAUUAUUUCUGCCAGAAAAU